AUGGGUGCUGUGUCAUCACCCGGGCUGCGGGCGGAUGUUCUUGAGCCUCCUAACUUUUUGACCAAUCAGCAAGCCAGCAAUGGCCUUUCUCUUGACUCUGUAAAUGUUUUUUCCAUUGACCAAGACAAGGAAUUUGGGCCUUUAUCUUUUCAGCAAGAAGAUGCACUUAAAUCAACUCCCUAUUUGCCCCUUGACCAAGUUAAUGGUUGUGGGCCUCCUUAUCACCUGUCCACUGAGCAAAGCAAUGGGCUUGGACCUUCCACCAGUUUGUCCACUGAGCAAGAUGAUGGUCUUGGACAUUCGUACAAUGUGUCCAUUGAACAUGGCAAAGGUCUUGGGCCUCUGUGCAAUUUUUCUAGCAAGCAACAUAGUGGUAUCCAGCAUCUCCAUUAUUUGAUUGCUCACCAAGAUGUUCCUCGAUUUACCCACUCUUUAGACAUAGAGAAAGGGAUGGAUCGAGGACUUUCAGAGGUUUUGUCCAAUGACCAAGGCGAUGGCCUGAAAACGUCAUGUUUUUUGUCUCAACAAGCUGACAAUCUUGGAGCUCCACUCUCUUUAUCUGCUCAAAAAGAAUGUGAAUUUGAACCCUGCAGCGUGUCCAUGCUACAAGACCAACUUGAACCUCCAUGCAUUCUGACACCAUUCAAGAUUGAAGCUCGUCCUUUUGAACAGAGAGAAAGUCUGCCUAUUCCUCAUGCAAAAGUUGAGAAUCAAAACAAGGAAAGCGAGAAAGAAGAGAGUGAACGGAAGCCUCAGCGAGUCUCUCAGAUUCGAAUCCGCAAAACUAUUCCAAAGCCUGACCCAAAUCUGACCCCAAUGGGUCUCCCCAAACCCAAAAGAAUAAACAAGAAAGAAUUCAGUCUGGAGGAUAUUUAUACAAACAAAAACUACAAAUCUCCCCCAACAGCGCGGAGCCUUGAAACAAUAUUUGAAGAACCCAAAGAGAAGAAUGGUGUCUUAGUGUCUGUCUCUCAGACGAAGAGAAAACGCAUCCUGGAGUUCAGGGACUGUACGAUGCCCAGGCCAAAGAGAGCAAAGGGCAGAGUAAGAGUCAUGACCACCUGCAAGCGAGGGCGAAAAGCUGCCAUGGAAGGAGUGCAACUGGAUGCACUUCUCAUACAGAAACUAAUGGACUUAGAAAACUUUUUGUUGGAGCAGGAAACCUUAGAAAUGGGAUCAGCUGCUCCUGAAAAGCCCAGUUGACGAAAGGCUGGUUUGUUCAGAAAUAUGCUGAAGAUGAACAUGUUAAAUGAAGUUGGUGAGAGGACAUUUCUGCUCUCCAUCACUAGAAAUUAGGAGGAUGUGUCACUAUCACAGACUAUUGUGUGUAUUUUAAUUGUUUUUGUUUUCCUUCUAUCCCAUUUAAAUGACCAAAGUCUCUUGUAUGCGUUAUUGUGGAGACUUAAGAAUUGAAUGGAUCAUUGCUUUCUAAGUUAAGCGCUUGUUCAGUUGGAAGAUGACUUCCUUAUUAUCCACAGGUGACCAUGACAGUCUUUUAAACGUUUUAAACCUGCACUGAAAAGCGAAGGAUAGCAUUAAUGCACUUACGGAUUAUUGCAUCUCUUUUAAGAUCUAGAAAUAUUCUAGUUUGGUUUUUUUCCAUGUAAAAAAUAA